AUGUCGGCGCUGUUCAAGCUCUGGGUGAUGCUGACGGGUGUGAGCUUGCACCUGCUGUGGACCCAGCGCAACCACGCCAAGCACCGCAACCGCGCGAUGCCCCCGGCCCACGUCAUUCUGGACGUCUCGUUCGUCACAUGGCUGCGAUCGGUUCGACGAUGGAUGCGUCUGCAAGUCCCAGACGACGCCGAGCUCGCAGCCGUGCAGGCUGCUCUAGUCACACUGCUGCGCCAAACCAACUACCGCGACCUCCACGCCAAGUAUCCGCGGUGCUUGGCGCUCGACACGACCUUCGACGUCCACUAG